GACAGUUGAACCCGAGCUGUGCAACUGAACAUAAUGAAAUCUUUUGGAUUAAUUGCGCUGGCUGCUUGCGCUGUCCUCGGCGUCGCUGCGGAGCCGCAACAGACCUAUGAUGGACGCAAUGGACCCCAUGUCUUUGGCACUCCCGGCAACCAGGUCUACAUAAGGGGGCAAAACGAAGGCACCUAUAGUGUGCCCGGAGUGGGUGGCCAGUUCCAGAAUUCACCAUCGCAGGGAGCACAUGUCUACACAGAUGAGCAGGGCAACACAUUUGUGCAUCGCAAGAACCCAGGAGGUCCAGCAACUCACUCGGUAAGCGGACCCACCUUGUCAGCCCAGAAUUUGGGCCCCAGCCGUCCCAAUGGUGGGCUAGAUGCUGGAUUGCCUCCAAGUGUCCGUCGCAGUCGACAAAUUCACAUUGCCCGGCCAGAUCGCACUGUUGACAUUGGCUACGGCGGUGUCUACGUUCAACGCGGUCGUCGAAGCCCCCAGUUCCAUGUGGAGCGUCCGGAUCGUUCAGUGGACUUUGGUAAUGGCGGAUUCUAUGUCCAACGUAGCCGUCGUAGCCCUCAGAACGAGAAUGAAGGUUUCCCCAUUUUCAUUCGACGCCGUCGCAGUAGUCCCCAGGAGGAAAAUGAAGGUAUCCCAUUAAUUAUUCGACGCCGUCGUGGUAUCAACGAUGCUCGUGUCCAGGGCGAGAACUUUGUGGCCCGCGGAGAUCAGGCUGGUGUGUGGAACGAUAAUGUUUCUGUUUGGAAGCGUCCAGAUGGACGCACAGUUUCAGUGGACAAGAAUGGGCACGCCAUUGUCUCCGGUCGCCGGGGUACCCAGCGUUACUCCUAAACAUGGUUCCCAAUGAGUAUAAUCUGACAUAGUUUAAAGAAAACAACUUGUAUAUAUAUUGUACAAUAAUAGGUACUUAAAUCACAUGAUAUCUAAAUACAAAAAUAUCCAAAACCAA